AUGGUUUUAUCAAAUUCUUGUAGCAGGUUUUUCUUAAGAAAUCAUGUUUUUUCCAUUUUACAGAGCUUUUCCAUAAACAGGCUGACCAAAGACGUUUAUAGUCGCUGCUAUGUGAAUCAAGUUCAAAACCGAUCUUUUUUUAAAGGUUCUUCUAGACUACCACAAAGUAUAGAGUACAGUAAAAAACAGAUGGUUGGGUUCUCCCCGGAACAAAUGUUUGAUGUUGUAUCGGACAUUGAGAAUUAUUGCAAUUUUAUUCCAUUUUGCACAAAAUCUAUUGUUACAACAAGAACUUCGGACUAUAUGAACGCAAGUUUGGUGAUUGGCUAUCCACCUAUACACGAUUCUUACACAGCAAAUAUUACUUUAGUUAAACCAAAUGUUGUAAACGUUGAAUGUAUAGACGGUAAGUUCUUCACCCAAAUGCUUUCGCUCUGGAGAUUUAGUCCAGGCAUUAAAACAGAGGAUCAGUCAUGUAUUAUUGAUUUCCAAAUGACUAUGAAAUUCAAAUCAGCUUUACAAUCACGAUUAACAACUUUGUUCUUUGAAAAAUUUACCGGCCAAAUGGAGUCUGCGUUCAUGAAGGAAGUUGACAAACGCUAUGGUCCUGCUACAAUGAAACCAAAGAAACUACUGCGAGAAUCUUUUAUGAAAGACUAA